AUGUUCAAAUACCUGGCCUUCAUCCUGCUGGUUGCCGCUUGCACCGCCACCGACGACGAUGCGCAUGCCCAUGUUGAAAAGCAGUACAAGAAGGAGGACGGACAUGGAAAGUUCUCCUACGGCUAUGACAUAACCAAUGGCAUUGGUGCCGGAGAAGCUGGGGACGAGCAUCAGGUUCAUGGUGAAUAUCACUUCACCUCAAAAGAAGGACUGCCCGUAAAGGUGUCCUACACGGCCGAUGAGAAUGGCUAUCAUCCGCACGGUGAUCUCCUGCCCACGCCACCACCCACUCCAGAGGCAAUUCUCAGGGCCUUGGCCUACAUCGAUGCGCAUCCGCACAAGGAAGAGCCUCGUCCUGCCCAUCCUCAUUCCCAGCCCCGGUUGGUUCAUUCCCAGCCAGCUCAUCCUCAUCCAACCAAUCCACAUGGCCCUCGUCACCACUGAGCAUUCCAGAGUGCCAUUCUUGUGCAAUUGCGUUCUG